AAACUGUUCCUCUUAAUUAAAAUGUUUCCCUUUUUUAGUCUAACGCUAAUUAUAAAGAAAACAAUGGAAAUAGCAGUAUUUGAUUAUUUUUUUAACGUUAUCAAAAGCAGUUUGACUACAAGCUAUCACGCUACAUUAUUAUUUUAAGAAAUCCAUAAGUAACGUAUACAUUAAAUCCAUAACUGGCUAACGUCCCGAGUUCGCUAAUCACUCUGCGACCACUCUCGCAAAAAAUUACACGAAACUCCACAAAACUUCAUAACAAGUAAAUUCCAAAGCGCAAAACAAACACAAACUAAAAAUUCUUGAAUCUGCAUGAUAUAUCUAAACUUUAAAACGCCAUCAGUCCGAAAUAAUACAGCUCGCGGGCCUGCCAAAAAAGCCACGCAGCAGCGGCCACUCGACUGAGAUUCCUUCCGCAUUUUCCUGCGGCUCUGCGGCAGUGACGUGCGUCUCAGAAGGCGGCGUAAAUGCCGGUGGAGCUGGAGGCUGCAGCGCCUCGGAGCGCAUCGGCCCCUCCCCUCCGCGCUUUGCGGCGGCCCGCCCUACUCACACAAGAAGCCCGUAUGCGUUCUGCCCGAGUCUGGGGGUGGGAGAAGGAAAGGCGUACGGCCUUGGAAACGAAACAAAAAUAAUACAAAAGGUCUUAUAUUAUGCAGAUGAAAGGCAGAUACAAUGGAUGAUGAUGUAACAGCUCUCUCUCUCCAUUCCCAUGAGCCCAAGAUCAUAUUCCAUGGGACAGGUGAUGGAGAGGAAGAUGAGGUGGUGGUAGAACUGCAAGAGUCCGUUCUCGUUUCUGACGUGGAGGGUGAGAAGAUCGUGGUCCAUGGCCUCGCCGCUGAGGAGCUGGUCAUCCAGGAAGCUAUUGAGGAUGUGGUAGCUGAAUACGUGGCUUGUGAAGAAGAAGAGGAGGGGCUUGCCACUAUUGCCGUGGAAACCUGCGUGAUGUCUCCAGAUGAUGUGGCUCUGGAAGAUGAAGGUCUGCAGGUUGAUGUGGUAACUGACGUUCAGGGGGACCCUGAUACCUGUGGAGACUACCUCAUGAUCUCUUUGGAUGAGACUGGAAAGGUGAUUUCUGAUGAGGAUACUAAAAUCACAGUUGAAGGCACAUUUGAGGAUCCAGAAGAUGUGGAAAAGGUUGAUGAUGAUGACGAUGAUGGUCAAGAGGUCAUUAAAGUGUACAUCAUCAAAGCUCACCCAGGGGAGGAGGACUUGGGGGGCACUGUUGACAUAGGAGAUGCCGAGCUAGAUGUUGAUGAGACCGUGGAGCUGGUAGACUCAUCUGGAAUGCCUUUAAGAGAGAAGAUGGUGUACAUGUCAAUGGAUGAAGCCAAUCAAAGCCAGGAUGACAUUAAUGUGGCCAAAAUCACAGAUGAGGUCUACAUGGAAGUGGUGGUAGGAGGUGAGGACCCUGGAAGUGCUCAGAGGACUCUUGAUAAUUCAUCGCUCAGCAAAGACUUCAUGCCCGUUGCCUGGGCAGCAGCUUAUGGUGAAGAGGAGAAUGAAAGCUGCGAGAACAGAAAUGGAGCAGCUAGCGCUCUGUUGCACGUUGAUAAAUCUGACACGGUCGAGAGACUCAACCGUCAACGAAGCAAGAACAAGAGCAAAAAACGAUCUGAACUCCGGCACAUUCAGACAGCAAUUAUCAUUGGACCGUAUGGCCAGCCUCUCACCGUGUACCCUUGCAUGCUGUGCGGCAAGAAGUUCAAAUCGCGCGGUUUCCUUAAGCGCCACAAUAAGAAUCAACACCAAGAUGUGGUAACCAGAAAGAAAUACCAAUGCACUGACUGUGAUUACACCACCAACAAAAAAGCAAGUCUCCACAACCACAUGGAGAUACACACCCUUAGUAACAAAGCUCAGUUUGAGUGUGAAGUGUGUGGAAAAGAUUUUCAUCAGCAGGCGGCGCUCUUCUCCCACCGGCUGCAGCACCACCAUAGAGAUUCGAAGCUUCAAAUCCCAUCGCCCGCUAACAAAAUGCACGAGUGUAAAUUUUGUGAAUACGAGACAGCGGAGCAAGGGCUACUCAACAGACAUCUGCUGGCCGUUCACAGCAAGAAUUUCCCUCACAUCUGCGUGGAAUGUGGGAAGGGUUUCCGGCAUCCCUCCGAGCUGAAGAAACACAUGAGGACGCACACUGGCGAGAAGCCGUACUCGUGUCUUUACUGCGACUACAAAUCGGCAGACUCUUCCAACUUAAAGACGCACAUAAAGACCAAGCAUAGCAAGGAGAUGCCGUACAAGUGUGACCGCUGUUUUCAGACGUUCGCCGAUCCUGAUGAGCUCCUACAGCACGGAUUAACGCACGAGGAGGCCAAAACGCACCUGUGCACCCACUGUGACCAUAAAAGCUCCAAUUCCAGUGACUUAAAGCGUCAUAUCAUUUCAGUUCACACCAAAGACUACCCGCAUAAAUGCGAGGUCUGCGGAAAGGGCUUUCACCGGCCAUCCGAGCUGAAGAAGCACUCCGCUGCCCAUAAGGCCAAGAAGUUGCACCAGUGCAGGCAUUGUAACUUCAAAAUCUCAGAUCCGUUUUUUCUCAGUCGGCAUAUUCUGUCCGUACACACCAAGGAACAGCAAGCUUUCCCUGACAAGAAAGGACUUAAGAAGACAUUUGGACUCGGUGGUAAGAAAAUUUUAGGCGGCGCUGGUAUGUCCAGGGGUCACCGGGAGCGACGGGUGUACCAAUGCCAGUAUUGCGACUACAGCACAGGUGACGCAUCUGGCUUUAAGAGACAUGUGAUCUCCAUACACACCAAAGACUACCCGCAUCGCUGCGAUUUCUGCUCGAAAGGUUUCCGGAGACCGUCGGAGAAGAAUCAGCACAUUAUGAGACAUCACAAGGACCUAAUGCCUGCCAUGUGACCUUUAAAAUGGCUGCCAUAGCAACACCAAUCAAAGCACUGAGGCCAUCCUUGACAGGAACAGGUUCAUCCUGGAUGCAAGGAUGUGAGUCAUUGUAGGCCAUAGACCCAAAGCUGAUCGCUGGAUAGCCAGUCAGAUCACGGAUGGUAUGGGCAGGGUGAAGGUACCAAGGAUAAGGCCGCUUUGUGUUGAUUCAUAUUUUCGAUUCAAUUAUUUGUGUCCGGUUUUCACAGGUUGUUAUAAUGUCAAAUUCAUGGUUUUGUUGAAGUCCAACACAUUAAUCAUAAUGUUAAAUCAUCAAGGGUGGACACCAUGCAUGGUGUUAAAUUUUGUGUUUGAGCAUUGAAUUAUGAAUCUUUGGGGUAUUUUUUUUUUACUUUACAAAGAAACGUAAUUGGGUAACUUAAAUGACUGUGGAAUGUGUUUACAUAAACAGAUUUGAUAACUCCA